AUGUCCACCCCAGGUCCCGCUUCAGCCAGUAUCCGGAGGAGUAGACCGACUCACUCCGUCACGGACCGGACCCCGGUCUCGCCCAUCAUCGAGCACUACGGGACUGUCGAGCCCGAGUACGAGCCCGUCCGCACCCGCAACCGCACGCGCUCCGAGGGCGAGGCUAUAGAGCUUCGCGAGGCUGCCGCAGCUGGCGUGCCCUUCCUGGACAUGGAUGAGACGCCUUACGCCCCUCCCGCCGCCGCUGCCACUUCCAGGAAUUCGGCAAGGCGAGGAAGGCGUUCUAGGGCGGACGGGCACGGGGUCACCGACGCCGAGGACGAAGCCGCGGAGCUGGGGGCUAGCUGGAGGCCGGUUUACCUGACGAAACGAGUCCUUGUGGGCUUCGCCGUCAUCUUCCUCGCCAUGGUUGUGGUUGUCGAGAUCCUCGCUGGUUUCCAGGCCCGCCGCUUCCUCCCUUGGAUCUACCUCGCCGGCAAAGAGGGCCGCCCCAUACCUCGCGAUGCUUCGGAAACCCUGCUCAUCGACUACGCCAACAUGUGGCUUCCAAAAGCCCUCUUUCUAGCCGUCUCCCGGCGCCAUCUCCUCGUCGCGCUUCCCAUCGUUACGAGCAUCCUCCUCAUCGUGCAAAUCGUGCUUUCGGCCGGCUUCUUCACCGUCCAGGAACUGAGGACCGAGACGGGGGAUCCGGUAAUCUUCGCGCCCGAGCCGACUUCCCGCGGUGGCCGAGAUCAUUCGCUCGUAGUUCCCUCGCAGGGCGUUGCCCCGAGAAACCCCAACUCUCUCGCAUCCACCGCGGGGCUCCUCAAGAGCAGCCCGGGAAUUUUCGGCAGGCUCCGUCAUGUCGAUCAUACCAACCCGACUGCCGUGGCUGAGAGGUUCGAGGGUCUCUUUUACACCGAGGUGGAGGAUAACACCGCCGUUCCACCGUACAUGAAGAGGUUCGUCUUCAGCUGCCUUCCCGAUAGGCGAGACCCUGAAGAAUGCAGGAGGAGCGCCGCCCGUGCCCAGGAGGCUGUGGAGACGGGGGCAUACCGGCCCUUGGUCCUGCAUCCCGCGGUCCGCAUCACGGGCAUGGUGAUCACGAUUGGCAUGGCCGCGGCCCUCUGGGGCACCAUCGCUCACUCCAACGAGCACCGCGGGCUCGGCAACGUCAAGCACACGCAGGCCCAGGCAGCUGCCUGGACCAUCGUCCCCGCCCUGUUCUUCAUGGUGCUUGCCGUUUACCUCUGGACCGUUGACUUCGAGAUCCGCUUCGGCGCUCCGUUCCUAGACAUCUUCUCGGGCUCCCACUUCCGCCGCGGCAUGACCACGACCUACACGGACGAGCUCGCCCCUGCCACCCUAUACAAGGCCGUCCGCGGUCGUCACUGGCGCGUGCUCGUCACCAAGUCCGCCGCCAUCCUGGCCGCGUGGGGCCCAUCCUCGCCGCAGGGCUCUUCUCCCCGGAAACGGUCGGAGCUCGAAUGCGCGCCGCCCAUGUUAGGCGCCGGCUGGAAGGCGUCGGAUGUGGAGUGCGAGUACCUGGAAACCGUCGAGGGCGACCCGACGUGUUCCCAAAGCGUAGAGAGCGAGAGAAGCUCCGAAGAGGCGGGCUCUUUUGCAUACGUUGCGGUAGGGUGCCGCUCUAAAACGACGGGCGACGCCCUUGCGGCCACCGUGCACUACGUGUGGGGAACCUGCGGGAUGGAAAGGGGACGACAGCCCACCUAUCGGGCGACGGCGUUGGCCUGCAACGAGACGAUAUCCCAGAUGAGCGUCAGCGCGACUAUGCGCGGCCCAGGUCUCUCCCUCGAGGGUACGCCCGCCAUCAUCCCCCAAACCGGCCGCCCGGUGGACCUCGCGUCCCGUCUCGUGCAGGACAUCUACGGGGGCUACGAGGUCUUCUCCAGAGCCUUUGUCCCCUCAAUUUUGGGAACCAGCGAUGAUGCCGGUACCAUGUCCGUCGCGAUCCAGAAGCGCCACACCCUGCUCCGCGCGCAAAUUCUCGCUGCAUUGCCCCCGCCGCCGACGUCAAGCCACCAGUCCCGGGCGCGGGAUGCGAACCAAGGGGACGCUCCAGCUUUCCAGGCGCGGGCGGCCACCUCGACCACACGGCUCGUGCAGAGAGCCGCGCCGACGUACGCCCUCGCGGUGCUGCUGACGGUCAUCUUCAUCCUAGAGGCGGCGGGCCUGUGGCUCGAGCCGCAGGAUGCCAACCCGAUCCCGGGAUGUCCCGGUAGCAUCGCGGGAGCGGCGGCGAUGCUAGGCACGUGGGAGGUGUUUUCUAGGCUUCCGGAGGGCGCGGAGUGGACUGUUCGUGAAGAUGACUACAUGUAUCCCCUGGGCUCUUACAUGAAGGACACUCUGAGCAUCGCUUGCUCGUCUGCCCUCCGCUCCAUCCGCUCCCUCGUCCCCCUCCUCGACCGCGUGCUCGUCCAGCGCGUCAAGGCCGAGACCAAGACUGCCUCGGGCAUCUUCCUCCCCGAGUCCUCCGUCAAGGACCUCAACGAGGCCAAGGUCCUCGCCGUCGGCCCCGGUGCCCUCGACCGCGACGGCAAGCGCAUCCCCAUGGGCGUCAUCGCCGGUGACAGGGUCCUCAUCCCCCAGUUCGGCGGCUCCCCCGUCAAGGUUGGCGAGGAGGAGUACGCUCUCUUCCGCGACAGCGAGAUCCUCGCCAAGAUUAGCGAGAAGCAGUAA